GCGACAAUCGGUAGCCUCAUGAGCUUGGGUCGUAAGCCGAGGUUGAACAUGAUCCGAAAUGUAUGAACGGCAACGCGAACUCGGGGAAAUGUGCUGAUGGAUGCUCGUGUGCCGGAACAGGCUCACGGACGAAAAGAUGGCGAGAAUGAUGAACCACGCUGGUCCACCAUUUGUCGUGUUUCCGGGCUGUCUCCAGACGCGCAGGUCAACUGCGGUCGCCAUGGAGAGCGACCUCUCCACCGUAAGACGAUCGGGUGAGGCUUUGACUCCAAGUCUCGGGCUCUGGCUCUGGCUCUGUCGGAGUCCGGCUCCUCGUCCUUGGCAGCAAUCCGGCGCUCGCGAGCUGCAACUUGAGAACAUCUCCUGCUCAGCGGGGCCCGAUUCGCCGGAGAGUGGGAUUGAUGUGCAGCAGUGCACGGUUUGGUGGCAGGAAGAAUUCAAAGACGGCCUUGAGCCUCCUCGUCGCAGGACAGAGCCUCAGAGUACACAAUGACAUGCGCUGCAGGUAUUUUUAAUGAUUAAACGCAUCAGGGCGCUGAUUCAGUCAGUUGAGUCGUGCACAUGCCUCGAGGCGCAUAUUCCUUCCUUGUUCGGGACCAUUAAACAGCUGUGAAUGAUGGCCUCUUUCGAGCGGGCGAGUGCCUGGGACAUGACAUUUUGCGAAACAGCUCAAAUCAGGGAAUCGUUUCCCUUCUGAAAUGCUCGGUCGAAAAGGCCACAAGCUCUCCAGGUUCGAUGCCGCUGCUAUACCGAUACGCAAUCGGAGGCACGUACUUGUGAGGGACGAGGGAGCAAUCGAGCGCUUGCUCGCUCGCUCGAGCAACAAAUAGUCUGCGAGAAUUGCCAUGGUACACGAGCAAUGGACUGGCGCAGGCUCCGAGCCCAGUCUCGGUUCUUGCUCCCGUGUUGAUUUUCAUGUUCUCCGUGUACCGUCGUGUGUGGCUCCGCCCUUCCAGCCCUGACAUGGAGGUGGAGCUCUUGCAGAAAAUAAGCGUCCUCGGAGGAGCUUGAAAGCAUUCCGGGCGCAGAGAAAGGGAGAUUUGCGUUUUGUUUUGUCAGGGGUUGAUUUCGCCGCUCCAAAUUUUGAUGCUUCAGACUGGAACGGCCAUUCUUAUUCCGUGAAACCUCGAUCGAGCGAGAAGCUCCCUCGUGCAAAGCCGCCGCAUUGUACCAAAUCGUACAGCUCUGUUCCACCGAGCUCGCGAGGGAGGUUUUGAAGAGCAUCAUCAAUUUUCGUCAACAGCAUAGUAAGUAGGCCGGCUCAGUGGGGACUCAAUUUCAACGCCAUGUCCAAAGCCGUGGAAUGGCUUCGAUCGCGGUCGCAGAAAGGCAAGGCAGACAAGGAGAAAUCGGCGGGCAAGAGCUCACCAUCGCAGUCGAGGAGAUCGAACGAGAAGCUCUCGGACGAGUGGGCUGCGCGCGCGGAUUCGAGCUCGAGGUCGAAUGAGCCGGAAGGUAUUUACAAGGGGAGGAUGGUCUCGCGAUCCAGCGAGUACGAGUACGAGGCCGGGCAUGGGCGGCACCCCGGCGAUUGGCGCUACCAAACUUCGAGGUCCGACGAAUUCGGCAGCCAGCCCUCUCGGGAUUUGCAUCACGGGCCGCGCUCGGGCGACCAUGUCUUGAGGCAGAACAGGUUCCAUGCGGAGCAGCACGAGCAGCACGAGACGCACAGGGCGCCUCUGGGCAAACUUCCCUCGGCGGAUUGGGCUGCGCAGGUCUCUGCGCCGAGCCCAAUGUCGUCGGGCGAGUAUGAGAGACGCCCUAUGCAGAGGAGGUGGAGCUCCACGGAGGCGGGCACGAUUUCGUCCGACAAGCGCCCCGCGCAUGGGAGUUGGAAUACGGGCGAGAUUGAAGCGGAGGAUCCCUUCGAUGGGCGGCAGUCGCUGAGGUCUCAUGAAGCGGCUCAAGAGCUCAAAUCCGCCCCCAAGCUCAACGAGAGCGACCCGGACACUUUCGACUUGCUCUUGAAAAACUGGCCCGUGCUCAAGUCCUCGUCGUCGGACAAGCGGAAAUUCGAGGCUCGUCUUCUGAGAUUAUUCGAGCUGGAAACUUCGGUGGUGGUGACGGGAGACCAGCAGACGAGAUCGAGGUGGAGUUUGGGGAUCAUGGACGAGGGAAUUAGAGCUCUCGGAACUGCAAUCGCGUCGCGGGGCUACCCUAAAUUGCAGAGAUUGAGUUUCACGCAUUGUCGCUUGCUUCUCGAGAGCCCGUUCGCCAAGCUAGCUAGGGCUUUCAGCAGGAGUAACCUGCCCAACUUGGAGGAGGUCAAUUUCCACUGUAAUCAUUAUAUAAACAACAGGGGAUUCAUCGAACUGGCAAGAGCAUUCCGGACAGGUGGACACUUCUCCAAACUCACCACUCUGAUACUCACCGACAAUGGGAUGCAGGACGACGGAUUGAAGGCACUCGCCAGGGAAGCCUUUGGAUCCGGGAAUUUGUCGAACCUCAGGAUACUGCACAUUGGUAGUUAUGACAUCGACGAGAGAAAUGAGAAAAUUCACGAGGAAUUUCACCUCGAUGCAGCCAGGGAAUUCGCCAGGGAGCUGAGCUCGUCAGGGCACCUGCCUCAUAUCGAGGACUUGAAAUUUAGUGGGUGUGUUGAUUGUGAAGGGGUGGUUUCUGUACUCGAUGCUCUAGAAACUCGCACCACCGGUGCAUUCACAAGCCUUGAUCUUCAGCAUAGUCCUCUAGGAAUCGACGGAAUCAUUGUCCUUGCCAGAGUCGUUCAGCUGCCGCAGUUUUCUUCUCUCCAAUCCCUAGGCCUUUCAGUUGGCGCGGACGAGAUGCCAAGUCUUUUAGAAAUUUUCAGGUCGAGCAAUCUGUGCUCCUUGCAAAGAGUCGCUCUGAGCAAAGUUAGUCUGGGAGAGGAGGAGUUGGUGAAGCUGGCAGCGCUGUUGGAAAACAGGCAUUUGCCGAGCCUCUUGGAAUUCUCUGCAGAUUGUCACGAAAACACGUUAAUGAGCGGGCGGGCAUUGGUGCGGGCUUACGAGAGAAACAAUUGCUUGGCAGCAAAAUUGAACUUCAAUGUAUGGCCCAGUGAAGAGCUGCAUCAAGAACUGGAGAGACGAAGAAUGAGCAAUAAGGAGCUCGACGAACUUGUAUGAAUAUUUUAAGUCCGAACACAACACGGCUGAGGAAGAAUCGCUUGUUCUUGCUAGAAAGUGCCUCUCUUGUUUGAGCGUUGUAUUCCUUGUUCAUAAGUUUGUACAUACCAGAAUUUUGCAAGUAAUCUUAUUCAACUGGCGGCAUCACAGCUUUGUAGAACGUCUUUAUUUGUUCGAGGCCUCCGGAUGCUGUGACCUUGUUAUUCCCGUCUUCUCUGUUUCUGCGAAAAGUGUCGAGAAGGUAAGCCUUCACUUGGGCUAGAAUCGGGUGUGCUUGAUCUGCACGUGCUCUCUACUGCGAAACUCAGGGUCAGUUUUCUCCAACCUGAAGUGCCGACACUCUUGUGCCCUCGUAGACAGACGCUGACGAAGUUGCGAGGCUAUUAGUUUUAGUAUGGAGUGGUCAAGAGUGAAAAAUCGGACAGACCAUUGCUCGCUCCCAACCGCCUCUUCAGUCAGACCUUCAACGAAGUGCUUCAGUACCAGAGUUGCGAAUGCACAUGGUCGAUUGACUUUGUGCAGUAUGCAGUUUACUUGUUUUGUUCAUGUGGGCGCACUCUAUUACGGAGUCAAUGAUCCUUCCUUAUUUAUGCUUUCAAAAUGUGCAAAUGCCCUUAAUUAACAUUUCUCGAUGUAUUAUUGAGAAACUCAAGAGGACUUUCUAAUUGUUUCAGUCUUUCCUUGCCUCAUCUUACAGUGGUAAGCGUAUCUUUACGGCGACGUU